AUGAGCAGUCCAGCGCCAACGCCAUCGCGGUUCUUCAACAAGAGUUUGCUGUCGCCGGCACGUCAUCAGCACGGCCACCAGACCAUACCCGCUCACCUGCCCGCUCUCAACCCUGUCGAAAAACGCCUGACAGCUCCUCGUCUACCAUUUAUGAGCGUCAAGCGUUUGGCUCAGGGCAGCGGCCAGUACGGCAUUAAGGGGCAGGUGGUUAACGUGCCGAUCAACGUGCCCAAGACUGUGCAGACGCUUUCCCGAAACGGCUGUGGAUACAAUUCGACGUGCCUACGACUGGAAAGCUCGCUCGUCUUCGCUCUCGUCAUGCUGUUGCCCACGCUAACGCAACGGUAUCUUCGUGCCCUGCGAGAAGACGUCGACCACUCGACCGAGUUCACCCUUGCUCUAUUCAACGUGCGCUUCCUCAACGCUCCCGCAACACAGAUGUGGAACGGCGCUAGACGCACCAUCAACGGCUACGACGCGGUCGUUUGCACCAAAGAAGCGGACCGUCCUGCGGGUGGUGACGGAAGCUAUGUCAAGCUACCGUAUACAGCGGAAGAUCUUCUACCUCUCACCAGUCAGAGCCAUAACGGGGAGCACGCCGCCGUGAAGCUCUCCUCCGGGAUCGUAGUCAUGAUCAUGUACUUGGCACCGAACCUGUCCGAAGGAGACGUCACCCAGUACAUCGAGAAGGCGAUGCAUCAAUACAAAACCGAGUACAAACACGGCCCCUUCGUACUCGCCAGAGACAUUAACGUGGACAGCAUGCAAAGCGAUCGGUCGUACGACUGCAAACGACCCACCACCAUCAGAGGGACCUGUAUCGACGUUGCCUUCUCGAACUUUCCAUUGCAUCCUAUCAUCGAAGAUCCCUUGGCCACGUACUUUGCAGAUCACAAAGCAGUCAUCCUCAAAAGGAAAGGAGUCCCCAGCUUAUCGAGGGACGCCCUUCUUGUAAUUCAGCGAGGAGACUGCCGAAACGACAUGGCGUUCACGUCUUUUGCCAUCAUUGCGUUUCUUGCCACCGCAUCUUCCCAGCGUGUCCUGGCAGCUCCUGCCAAGAGCGGCAAAGUGGUACUCAGUGAUACUUAUCCCUGCAAGUCCGUAUUCGACCCUGCAGUUCCAUUCGGCAUGAGAUUCUUUGAACGUUGGCCGCAAGAGGUCCGAGCAAAGCACAUGUCCUGUCACAAUAUAACAGCACAAGAAGCUCUGGAGCGUGACCGGUCCUACGACGCGCACAAGGCAAAGUGCAUGGCCGCCGUGCUGCCCUCUGUGGAGGCAUCGAUGCGCGAGAAGGAGGCCUGCCGGAUCGUGGUGGAAGCUACAAACAUGAGCAGCGCCGCAUUCUGGACUGUGACACAGGUUCGAAGAUGCAUAGCAGACAGCGUCAUGUUUCCGGAUGCCGAUGAGGAGCAGCUUGACCUGGAGUCCAAGCGGGCGCUGUGUCUUCGCGAGGCGCUGCCAGACAAGCCCGAAGCUGACAGGGACGACGCUUUUCGCCGAGCCGCCCAGGAGGCUAACGCCCUUACGAAACGGCACACUGAUCUUAGACAGAAACUGGAAACCUGCAUGCACGAGUACCUGCUACAUAUUGAGCAAGGCCACUGCACCGCAUUCAGUGAUAGUGUAUUCAAAGGCUGUGCCACCGCUCAGCACAUCGUGUUUCCGCAGGAACAGCGCGAAUACCGUCAACUGCUGCCCGACUGCCGGAAAAAGUUGUUUCCUGAACUCGACUCGCAGCAGCUGCAAGAACAGCUCGACUCAGCGCUCGCAAGAGGGGACCUCAGCCUUUACGUUCAGGUUCACACCUGCGUCUACCUCGAGACGACCAAAGGACAGUGGGAACUUCAAAACUUUCACGUGGUUCAAGCGUGCGCCCGGCAGGUGUACGACAACACCACAAACGAAGCCAUGAAGACCCAGCUGCUGGCCGAAUACGAAAAGUACAUGGACAAUGCGACCAUAGAAAAAAUCCUCGCAUGUCACGCCAGACGCCUCUACCCAGACGUGAAAAAGAACGAGAGCGGAGAUAUGGUCGUGAUGUGCCGCUCCCCAGCGCUGCCCGGCCACGGAACCAAGAAGUUCCAGGACACCGAAGCCCUGCGCAUGCGCAACAUGGUGGCUCGACAGGUUGGAGAGUGCAUUCGCCGACGCUCCACGGUGACUGAGGUGACUCGUCGAUACGAGGAACGCUUGAGGACGGUCUACGCUCGUUCUAACAGCGCUGCUGAAUGCGCCAGCAAGCUGUUCCGCCAGUCUGGUAUCAAGAACACUCGCUAGUAGCAUCUAACUUCGUGGCUUUCAUGCAUGCGAAAAAGCCAUUGUGUUCAGUGAGUCGAUCAUAAUUACUAAUAAAAAGCAUUUCACCUUUG